AUGCCACCACCGGCGGCUCCAUUCGAGGGUCAGAAGAACAAAGCGCACAAUGUGCACAAAUCCGGAGGAAAAGCCAAAAAGAAGGAGCAGAAUGAUAAAACGAAGAAGGGGAAUAAUGUGAAAGCGUUCACCUUUCAUUCCGCAAUCGCCGCCGGAAAAGCCAUUCGACGAGCUGCGGAUUUAAAUGAGAAGAAGAAACAUGUUCUCAUGAUGGAUCGCAAACCCAUCGAAGCUCCCCCAAUCAUUGUCGCAAUUGUGGGCCCCUCAAAAGUCGGAAAAACCACACUGCUCCGCGGUCUGGUCAAAUACUAUCUUCGUGAUGGUUUUGGCGAGAUCAAUGGUCCGGUCACAAUUGUCACAGGCAAAAAACGACGUGUUCAAUUCAUCGAGGUUAAAAAUGACAUCAAUCAUAUGAUAGAUAUCGCAAAAGUUGCCGAUUUAGUCCUGCUAAUGGUCGACGCUUCAUACGGUUUUGAAAUGGAGACUUUCGAGUUUCUCAACAUCUGCCAAGUUCAUGGAAUGCCAAGGAUUAUGGGUAUUUUGAAUCAUCUAGAUCUUCUUGAUGGAAUUUCGCGGGUCAAUAAAACCAAGAAAAUUCUCAAACAUCGAUUUUGGACUGAACUUUAUCAAGGUGCCAAGUUAUUUUAUAUGACUGGCAUGGUUCAUGGGCAAUAUAAAUAUAAUGAGAUUCAUAAUUUAACGCGUUUCAUAAGUGUGAUGAAGUUUAGACCAAUGGUUUGGAAAGAUGCCCAUCCCUAUCUUCUUUGUGAUCGUUUUGAAGAUGUUACAAAUUCAGAAACCCUACGUCUAGAUCCGUUAGCAGAUCGACAAAUUGCGAUGUAUGGUUGGGUGCAUGGUGCACAUUUGAAAAAUCACUCUUCAAUUCAUGUGCCUGGAGUGGGUGACAUGCGGAUUAGUGACGUCACUUCGCUUGCGGAUCCUUGUCCGCUUCCGGAAGAGAUUAAGCGGAGAGCGUUGAAUGAGAAGGAGAAGAAAGUUUAUGCGCCGUUUUCGGGGUUGGGUGGUGUGAUUUAUGAUAAGGAUGCGAUUUAUGUGGAAUCGAAGAAUGCGCAUAAUUUUAAUGUUGGUAUUUUUUGUUGGAAAAUGGGAUUUUCGUGAGAUUCUGAUAGCACAGCCUUCUUCGGGAGGUUCGAUUACAUAAGUUCACCUAACUUCAAUAAAUUUUGAAUUUUUAAAUUCUCCCGCUCUCUUCUAGCGUUUUUCUAGAAGUUCUCAGAGAACGGGAGAAUUUCAAAAUUCAAAAUUUAUUGAAGUUAGCUGAACUUAUGUAAUCGAACCUCCUGAAGAAGGCCGUGUUAUCAGAUUUUUAAGACCUAUGACGUCACAAGCUUUCAACCAGGUUCAAAGAUGGUUUUCAUGAAAUAGCACGGUCUUCUUCUGAAGAUUCGAUUACAUAAGUAUAGAAAUUCAUACUAUAUUUGGACUUGUGCCAAACCGAAGUUAGCUCAAAUCCCACGCUAUUUUUGUAUUCAUAAGAAUUUUUGAUAAAUUUACCUUAACCUUAGGUGAUUUAGUGUAAGUCUAUCAAAAAUUCUUAUGAAUACAAAAAGAUCGUGGGAUUUCAGCUAACUUCGAUUUGGCACAAGUCCAAAUAUAGUAUGAAUUUCUAUACUUAUGUAAUCAAAUCUUAUGAAGAAGCCUGUGCUAUCAGAAUUUCAUAAAAUCUAUCUUUGAAGCUAUUUUUUUAUGAGUUUCUGGAGAUUUUCAAUGAGACAUCUACCAUUUUGUACAGUUUUUCACGCUGUUAAAGAUCCUGUAUUCAGUUUUUGCUAUAAAACUCGGAAGCUCUGGAAAAUAAGGUUUUUGCAAGCUUUUUUAUGGUAAACUAUAGUAGCUUGCAAAACCCUCAUUUUCCAGAGCUUCCGAAAGUUUCUUAGCAAAAACUGAAUACGGGAUCUUUAACAGCGUGAAAAACUGUACAAAAUGGUAGAUGUCUCAUUGAAAAUCUCCAGAAACAGGCUUCAAAAAUGGAUUUCAUGAAAUUCUGAUAGCACAGUCUUCUUCGGGAGAUUCGAUUACAUAAGUUCGCCUAACUUCAAUUAAUAAUUUUUCGCCCAGAUUUUUGAAUUUUGAAAUUCUCCCGGACUUCUUAGCGUUUUCCUAGAAGUCCGGGAGAAUUUAAAAAUUCAAAAAUCUGGGCGAAAAAUUAUUGAUUGAAGUUAGGUGAACUUAUGUAAUCGAACCUUCUGAAGAAGGCUGUGCUAUCAGAAUUUCAUGAAAAAAUCCUCCCGUGAGAAAAUUCUAAUUUUUUUCAGCGUAAACGUGAUCAUCUUGUGGAAGCGCUCGAAGGUGUGAAAGCUGGAAUUGAUGACAAAUUGAAAAAAUCCAAAGUUCAACUUCUUGGCGAUUCUGUGGCUCUGGAGAGUUUUGAGGAUGAUGAAGAAGAAGAUGAAGAGGAGGAGAAUUUUGAAGAUGAAGAGGAGGAUUUUGAAGAUGAAGAGGAAGAAGAGGAGGAGGAAAAUGAAUGGUCAAAUCUGGCGAGCAAAGCUCUCUCGCAAUACACUGGCUCAAAAAACGUGAAGCUCAGUUGGAUGAGAGUUGUUUACGGUGAAAAUGACGGGAAAUCUAUUGAAGAAGAUGAGAGUAUUGAUGGACUUUUUACGGUGAGAAAAGAGAAGAAGAAGAAUAUUAUUGAUCAGGAAGAUGGUUUUGGAGCUUAUUUGAAAUUUGAUUUGCCAUCGACUUCUUUGUUGAAUUGGGAAGAUGUUGAGACGAGAAACGGGAUUGCGGAUUGUUUUGUGACGGGAAAUUGGACGGAGGAUGAUGCGGAGGAGGAGAAAUUGAAGCGUGGGUGUUUUUAGGGGGGUGGAAAUUAUAGCUCUACAAAUUUUUAGAGGGAAAAUUGGAGACCGUAAAAUUAUUUUUAUUGAUUUUUAGAGCCCUAAUUCUCGAGCUGAAAAUGGAUACCUUAGAAUUAAGUGUUCGAAUUGCUUAGGUCAAAAUUAGGGAAUUUAAAAUUAAAGCCCUAAUUCAAAAAAGAGCCCUAAUUUUCAAACUGAAAUUGGAGAUCUUGAAAUUAGAGUCCUUAAAGCUCUAAUUUGUUUAGCCCAAAACUUGGAAGGGGAAAAUUUAAAGUCUUGAAAUUAAAACCCUAAUUUAAAAAAAAACCCUAAUUUUCAAGCUGAAAUUGGAGAUCUUGAAAUUAGGACUUUAAAUUGUUUAGGUGAAAAUUAGGGAACUUAAAAUCAAAGCCUUAAUUAUUUAAACGUAAAAAUAAAGGGCUUUAAAUUUAAGGCUUUAACUUCAUUACCCUAAUUUUAAGGACCUUAAAUUAGGGUUUUGCUGAAUUUAAGGAAUUUUCAUGAACCUUGAAAUUUAGGCUUCUUGAAAAUAUUCUUAAAAUUAACCUAACUUCAAAAUUAUCUCAAAAAAAAAACUCAUAUUUUCCUGUUUUCUGACUCGAAAAUGGCCCAGAAACCUUAAAAAUGCUGUAGAAACCUUGAAAAUGGCUUAGAAACCUAGAAAAUACCAUAAAAUCCUGGAAAAAUAGCCCAGAAAUCUUGAAAAUGCUCUAGAAACCCAAGAAAUGCUCUGAAAAUCUUGAAAAUACUCUAAAAUGCUCCAGAAACCUUAAAAAUGGCCCAGAAACCCGGAAAAAUGCUUUAGAAAUCUAGGAAAUAGCCUAGAGACCUUAAAAAUAUCAUAAAAUCCUGGAAAAAUAGCUCAGAAGCCUGAAAAAUGCUCAAGAAGCCCAUAAAUGGCCUAAAAACCUUGAAAAUGCUCCAGAAACUCUGAAAAAUGCUCCAGAAACCCAAGAAAUGCUCUAGAAACCUUGAAAAUUCUCCAGAAACCCUGAAAAUCCUAUAGAACCCUUGAAAAUGGCCCAGAAACCCGAAAAAUUACCCAAAAACUAUGAAAAUGCUCUAGAAACCCCUUGAAAUACCCUAGAAAACCAGAAACUCAUCUAAAACCCAGAUUUUUCUAGAAGAACUCGGAUCUGAAGAUGAAGAUGAUGAAGAUCUGGAAGACGAAGGAGAAUCCGAAGAUUCAGAUGAAGAAACUGAAGAAUCAGAAGCUGAAAAAAGCAAAAAAGAGAAGAGAAAAGAGGAAAAGAUCAAAUUAAAGCAACAAUUCAAUGAUGAUUAUGACGAAACGUGCAAAUUCUACAACAAAGCCAAAAAUGAGAUGAAUGAACAAGCCGAACUCAAUCGACAGGUUUUCGAGGGAAUGGAUGAAGAAGAACGGGAGAAGAUUGAGGGAUUUCGAGCCGGAAGAUAUGUUCGAAUUGAGAUUGAGGGGGUUCCCUGUGAAUUUGUGCAGAAUUUUGAUGCUAGUGCACCGUAUAUUGUUGGAGGACUUUUGCCUGGAGAGCAGAAUAUGGGAAUUGUUCAGGUUGGUGGUUUUUUGUUCAAAUUUUCUCAGAAAAUGAAAAUGCGCUCUAAUGAGAACCCAAAAAUUCUCAAAAAUUUGAGAAAUUGCACUUUCCCUCCAUUGAGAACCUUCAGAAAUCCUUGAAAAUCAAAAAAAUUGCAAAUGUGCUCUAUUGAGAACCCCCCAGAAAUCUUCAAAAAUUUGAGAAAUUGCAAAUGCGCUCCAUUGAGAACCCCCAGAAAUUUUCAAAAAUUGAAUUUUUUCAAAAAUAGCAAAUGUGCUCUAUUGAGAACCCCCAGAAAUCUUCAGAAAUUUAAAUUUUCCUCAAAAAUUGAAAGUGCUCUCUAAUGAGAAUCUUCAGAAAUCCUCAAAAAAAUUCAAAUUUUCUCAUGUGCGCUCCAAUGCGAAAAAUUUCACAGUAUUUCAACUCACUUUCCAUUUUCAAGCUCAUUUUCUGACGGAACUGGUUAGAAAUAAAGUGAAAUCGAGAAAUGACUGGAAAAUUUCACGGUGAAUUGCAAAAAAAACGCACGUGACCUACCAAAAAUUCAAAAUUUUGUCCAAAAAUAGCAAGUGCGCUCUAUUGAGAAGCCCAAAAAGUUCAAAUUUGACAAAAAAUAGCAAAUGUGCUCCAUUGAGAACCACCAAAAAUCCUCAAAAAAAUUCAAAUUUUCUUCCAGGCUCGUAUCAAACGUCAUCGAUGGUUCGAGCGAACUCUAAAAUCCCGUGAUCCCCUGAUCAUUUCAUGCGGUUGGCGUCGAUAUCAAACCAUCUCGGUCUACUCGAUUCAAGAUCACAAUAUGCGAUUACGAUUCCUGAAAUACACGCCCGAACACAUGCAUUGUCAUGCCACGUUUUUUGGACCGAUUUGUGCGCAGAACACUGGACUUUUGGCUAUUCAAUCGGUUUCGGAUAAGACUGUAAGGCUUAAAAUCGAAAAAUUCGCGUUUCAAGGAUCAUUUUGAUCUAGAAAACGCUAAACAUUAUUGAUCUGAAGAUCGGGGGAUCGAACCCCAACUGAGGCAACUUUUUUUUUCAGAAAAUUUUUUUCUGGUCAAUUUUUCACGCUGAAAAUCAUGGAAUUGCUCAUUUUUACUGAAAUUCUUCUUGAUAACGUCAAUUCUGACCUGAAAAUCACAAAUUUUAAGUUAAAAUGAGCAAUCCCUCUAUUUUCAUGGAAAAAAAAAGUUGCCUCUGAUGGGGAUCGAUCCCCUGACCUUCCGAUCAGUAAUUUUUGAAGCUGUCUUGAUCAAAAUUUCAAGCUGAAAAUGUUGGGAAUGCUUAAAAUGAGCAAUCACUUCAUUUUCAGCGCUAAAAAUUGAUCAGAACAUUUUUAGGGAAAAAAAAAGGUUAGGAGGUAUCAGAGAUCGAUCCAGGACCUUCUGAUCAGUAAUUUUUGAGCUGAAAAUGGUGGGAAUGCUUAAAAUGAGCAAUCCCACGUGGUUCAGCGUGAAAAAUUGAUCUAGAAUAUUUUUAGGGAGAAAAAAGGUUAGGAGGUACCGGGGAUCGAUCCAGGACCUUUUGAUCAGUAAUUUUUGAACAUUUUUGGAUCAAAAUUUUGAGCUGAAAAUGGUGGGAAUCCUUAAAAUGAGCAAUCGAUCCCCUGACCUUGUGAUCUGUAAUUUUCGAGCUGAAAAUGAUGAGAAUGCUUAAAAUGAGCAAUCUCAAGCGUUACAGCGUGAAAAAUUGAAAUUUUCUGAGCAAAAAUUCACCUCGGAUGGGGAUCGAUCCCCUGACCUUCUGAUCAGUAAUUUUCUAAGAAAAUCAUGAUUUUUUCAGCCCGGCUAUCGAAUUGUCGCAACCGGCGGAAUCCUAGAUCUCGACAAAUCCACGCAAGUCGUCAAAAAACUCAAACUCAUCGGAACUCCCGAAAAAAUCUUCAAAAAAACCGCCUUCAUCAAAGGAAUGUUCAACUCGCCGCUCGAAGUCGCGAAAUUCGAAGGUGCCACAAUCCGAACAGUGGCCGGAAUUCGGGGACAAAUCAAAAAGGCAAUCAAGGCACCGCCCGGCGCAUUCCGUGCCACAUUUGAGGAUAAGAUUCUGAUGCGUGACAUUGUAUUCUUGCGAAGUUGGGUUACUGUAGCGAUUCCUCGAUUUUAUACACCGAUUUCUGAUCAUUUACAACCUUCGGGAGAACCUUGGAUCGGAAUGAGAACUGUUGGAAAAAUCAGACAUGAAUUAGGCCUGGGAGUGAUUUCGAAGAAGGAUUCAGAUUAUAAACCGAUUUCCCGCCCCGAUUUCGAGCCUGCACCUCUUCACGUUCCACCGAAAUUGCAAAAAUCGUUGCCCUUCAAAAUGAAGCCGGUCUAUAAUGAGAGAGAGGAGAAGGAGAGCGAUUCGCUGGUUGCCAAGCAUACUGCAGUGGUUUUGGAGCCGGAAGAGGCGAAGAGGGAGAGAUUUAUGGAAAUGUUGAGGACGUUGAAUAAGUGAGCCGGGUUUUGGGGGGCUUUUCGGGGCUUUUCUGGACUUUUCUGGCCUUUUAGGGGCUUCUAGAGGCUUUUUUGGGCUUCUGGAGGCUUUUUUAGGCCUAUAGAGGCUUCUAGAGGCUUUUCUGGGCUUCUAGAGGCUUUUCUGGGCUUCUAGAGGCUUUUCUGGGAUUCUAGAGGCUUUUCUGGACUUCUGAGGAUUUUUUGGGAUACUGGAGGUUUUUUGGGAUUCUGGAGGCUUUUCUGGGAUUCUGGAGGCUUCUGGAGGAUUUUCUGGGCUUCUAGAGGCUUUUCUGGAAUUCUGGAAGCUUUUCUGGGAUUCUGGAGGCUUGUUUGGGCUCUAGAGGUGUCUAGAGGCUUUUCUGGGCUUUUAGGGGCUUUUAGAGGCUUUUCUGGGCUUUUAGGGGCUUCUAUAGGCUUUUUUGAAGCUUUUGAGGAUUUUUUUGGGAUUCUAGAGGGUUUUCUGGACUUCUAGAGGCGUCUAGAGGCUUUUUUUGGGCUUCUGAGGCUUUUUUUGGAUUCUAGAGGUUUUUCUGGGCUUCUAGAAAUUCUAGAAAAAAUUUUUGAAUUUUUGAAUUUUGCGCCUUUACAGGCUUCUGAAAAAUUACAAAAAAUGAGAAUUUUUUCCAAAAAUCCGGAAAUUUCUGGAUUUUUCAGAAAAAUUCGCUGAAAAUCAAUAAUUUCAGCGUUUUCGGCGCGAAAUUUGAAGCUGGAAGAAGGUUUUUUCUUCUGGGGCUUUCUAGACAAAAUUCCAAAAUUUUGACCAAAAAAUCCAGAAGCAAUCACUUCCAGGCUGAAAUUUUGUGCUGAAAAUACUGAAAUUCAUGAUUUUCAGCGAAUUUCAGUAUUUCCAGCGUUUUCAGCACAAAAUUUCAGAAAUCAGAACUAAAAUUAGUUGCAGAAGCUCCAAAAAAAUCCGCACGUUUCAAAAAUAUUGGAAAUAUUUUUCAAAAAUUCUAGUGUUGAUCGGUCCAUAGUUCUAUAGAUAAAAUACAUUUAGAAAUUUUGGUGAGCUGAAAAUUCUGAAAAUUUCAGAUUCAGCUGAAAAUUUGGAGCAUUUUGAGGGCUCAUAAGCCUAUCUUCAGGCUUCGGCCUACUUUUUCAGGCUUAGACUUAAACCUAGGCUUAUGUCCUAUCAAAAUGCUCCAAAUUUUGCACUGAAUCCCCUUUUUAAAAAAUCCAAUUUUUCCAGAGUCGACGUCAAACAAAAAAUCGGAGAAAAAAGAUGA